AUGCCGCCGCGGCGCAGUAUCGUGGAGGUGAAGGUGCUGGACGUGCAGAAGCGGCGCGUGCCCAACAAGCAUUAUGUCUACAUCAUCCGAGUCACGUGGUCCAGCGGCGUCACGGAGGCCAUCUACCGGCGAUACAGCAAGUUUUUUGACCUCCAGAUGCAGAUGUUGGACAAGUUUCCCAUGGAAGGAGGGCAGAAGGACCCCAAGCAGAGGAUCAUUCCAUUUCUGCCAGGCAAAAUCCUCUUCCGCCGCAGCCACAUCCGGGACGUAGCCGUCAAACGCCUGAUACCAAUCGAUGAGUAUUGUAAGGCCCUGAUCCAGCUGCCUCCCUACAUCUCUCAGUGUGAUGAGGUGCUGCAGUUUUUCGAGACAAGACCCGAGGACCUGAAUCCUCCCAAAGAGGAGCAUAUUGGGAAGAAGAAAUCAGGGAGUGACCCGACCUCAGUGGACCCUAUGGUCCUGGAGCAGUAUGUGGUGGUGGCAGACUAUCAGAAGCAGGAGAGCUCAGAGAUCAGCCUCAGUGUGGGCCAAGUAGUGGACAUCAUUGAGAAGAAUGAGUCAGGUUGGUGGUUCGUCAGCACUGCUGAAGAGCAAGGCUGGGUCCCUGCAACCUGCCUCGAGGGCCAGGAUGGUGUGCAAGAUGAGUUUUCCCUCCAGCCUGAGGAAGAGGAGAAGUAUACAGUCAUCUACCCAUACACAGCUCGCGACCAGGAUGAAAUGAACCUAGAGCGAGGGGUCGUGGUGGAGGUCAUCCAGAAGAACCUGGAGGGCUGGUGGAAGAUCAGGUUCCAGGGCAAAGAGGGUUGGGCCCCUGCUUCCUACCUAAAGAAGAGCAGUGGGGAGCCCUUGCCCCCAAAGCUGGGCCCCAGCUCACCUGCUCACUCGGGGGCCCUCGACCUGGAUGGUGUUUCCCGGCAGCAGAAUGCUAUGGGCAGGGAGAAGGAGCCGCUCAACAACCAGAGGGAUGGCCGGUUUGAAGGUCGCCUGGUGCCGGAUGGUGAUGUUAAACAGAGAUCACCAAAGAUGAGGCAGAGACCCCCUCCUCGCCGGGACAUGACCAUUCCUCGAGGCCUCAACCUGCCGAAGCCUCCCAUCCCGCCCCAGGUAGAAGAAGAGUAUUACACCAUCGCCGAGUUCCAGACCACCAUCCCAGAUGGCAUCAGCUUCCAGGCCGGCCUGAAGGUGGAGGUGAUUGAGAAGAGCCUAAGUGGUUGGUGGUACAUUCAGAUGGACGACAAGGAGGGAUGGGCCCCAGCGACCUUCAUUGACAAAUACAAGAAGACCAGCAGUGCCUCGAGGCCCAACUUCCUGGCCCCCUUACCCCACGAGAUGACUCAGCUUCGGCUUGGGGAUGCAGCUGCAACUGAGAACAAUACUGGUCCAGAAGCAGUGGGGCCCUCCAGACCCCUGCCCGAGGCACCGCACGGUGGUGUGGACUCUGGGAUGCUCUGGUCCAAAGACUGGAAAGGAGGAAAGGAGGCCCCAAGAAAGGUCUCUUCAGACCUGUCUGCGUCAACAGGAUAUGAGGAGAUCUCAGACCCCACACAGGAGGAGAAGCCAAGCCUCCCUCCACGCAAAGAGUCCAUCAUCAAGUCUGAAGAGGAGUUACUGGAGAGGGAGAGACAGAAGAUGGAGCCACUCCGGGGCUCCUCCCCCAAACCCCCUGGCAUGAUUUUGCCAAUGAUUCCAGCCAAGCACGCCCCGCUGGCCCGGGACAGCAGGAAACCAGAGCCCAAACCUGACAAGAGCAAGUUCCCACUGAGAAAUGACAUGGGGUUAGAGUGUGGCCACAAGGUGCUGGCCAAGGAAGUGAAAAGACCCAACCUCCGGCCUAUCUCCAGGUCCAAAGCUGAGCUGCCCGAGGAGAAGGUGGAACCCACCCCUCAGAAUCUGUUCUUGAAGUCUAGACCUCAGGUUAGGCCCAAACCAACUCCUUCCCCCAAGACAGAGCCAGCUCAGGGUGAAGACCAAGUGGACAUCUACAACCUUAGGAGCAAGCUCAGACCUGCCAAGUCCCAAGAGAAAGCCUUAUUGGAUGGAGAAAGCCACCAUGCUGCUGGGGGCCAUGACACAGCCCUCAGCCGGAGCUUCCUUCCCGGGGAGGGACCUGGCCGUGGCCAGGACAGGUCUGGCAGACAGGAUGGGCUGAGUCCCAAGGAGACACCCUGCAGAGCCCCUCCCAGGCCAACCAAGACCACAGACCCUGGGCCCAAAAAUGUGCCUGUGCCUGUGCCAGUGCCUGUCCAAGAAGCAGCCCAGCAAAGACCUGUGGUCCCACCUCGGAGACCCCCACCCCCCAAGAAAACCUCCUCAUCUCCAUUGUCCUGCAGGCCCCUCCCAGAGGUCAGAGGGUCACAGCGUGAAGAAAGCAGAGCCGUUCCUGCUGCAAGCCGGGCCCUCCUUGUCCCUCCGAAAGCCAAACCCUUCCUCUCCAACUCCUCAGUGGGCCAAGAUGACAUUCGAGGCAAAGGUGGGCUGGGGCCACGCAUCACUGGCAAAAUGGGAGAAACCAGAGAGAAGGCAGCUUCCUUCCUCAAUGCCGAUGGCCCAAAGGACUCACUGUAUGUGGCUGUGGCCAACUUUGAAGGAGAUGAAGACACCAGCAGCUUCCAGGAAGGGACAGUGUUUGAAGUCCGGGAGAAGAGCAGCAGUGGCUGGUGGUUCUGCCAGGUCCUCAGUGGGGCUCCUUCCUGGGAAGGCUGGAUUCCUUCCAACUACCUCCGGAAGAAACCCUAGCGUCCCUGCCCUGCCCGGAGACCCCAGGGACCCUGCCGCUGUCCCUGCUGGC